AUGAUACACCCCUUCCAGGCAAAGUCGCUGCGUCUGACUCGUCCAGCAGUCCAUCGUCGCAGCUUUGCCGUCCAGAGCUCCAGGGCGUCAGUGGCUGGCGUGCAAACGUCGGCGCUGACGUCCAAGUACACGGUCGUGGACCACGAGUACGACGCGGUGGUGGUAGGCGCCGGUGGUGCCGGUCUGCGUGCCGCAAUGGGCUGCGCAGAGGCAGGACUGAAGACUGCGUGCAUCUCGAAGCUCUUUCCCACGCGGUCCCAUACUGUGGCCGCCCAGGGCGGGAUCAACGCCGCACUGGGGAACAUGUCGCCUGAUGAUUGGCGGUGGCACAUGUACGACACGGUCAAGGGCAGUGAUUGGCUGGGCGACCAGGACGCGAUCCACUACAUGUGUCGAGAGGCGCCUGAGGCUGUGCGUGAGCUCGAAGACUUUGGGCUCCCGUUUUCCCGCACUGAAGAAGGCAAGAUCUACCAGCGUCCGUUCGGAGGACAGAGUCUGGAGUUUGGCAAGGGCGGUCAAGCGCGUCGAACGGCGUGCGCUGCUGACCGCACGGGUCACGCCAUGCUGCACACGCUGUACGGGCGCUCGCUGGCGUUUGACACGUCGUACUUUAUCGAGUACUUUGCACUCGAUUUGAUCAUGAAUGACGCGAACGAGUGUGUGGGGGUCAUGGCGUUCAACAUGGAAGACGGCACGUUCCACCGCUUCCAUACGAACAAUACGGUGCUGGCCACUGGUGGCUAUGGACGUGCGUACUUCUCGUGCACGUCGGCGCACACGUGCACGGGAGACGGGACGGGUAUGGCUCUCCGCGCUGGUAUCCCGUUGCAGGAUCCUGAGUUUGUGCAGUUCCACCCCACGGGCAUUUAUGGUGCUGGAUGUUUGAUCACGGAGGGGUCGCGUGGUGAAGGAGGUAUCUUGCGGAACUCGGAAGGCGAGCGCUUUAUGGAGCGGUACGCUCCGACGGCCAAGGACCUGGCCUCGCGCGAUGUAGUGUCGCGUGCCAUGACGAUGGAGAUCCGUGAGGGUCGCGGUGUGGGCAAGAAUCAUGACCACCUUUUUCUGCAUCUGGACCACCUGCCGCCCGAGCUGUUGCAUGAGCGUCUGCCGGGAAUCUCGGAAACGGCUGCCAUUUUCGCUGGCGUAGACGUGACGAAGGAGCCCAUCCCGGUGCUGCCUACGGUACACUACAACAUGGGGGGUAUUGCUACGAACUAUCUGGGCGAAGUGGUCGUACCUGACGUUGAUGGUCUGCCGGAGCCUGGCAAGUUGUAUCCGGACAAGGUUGUGCCGGGACUUUUCGCAGCCGGUGAGGCUGCGUGCGCAUCGGUGCAUGGCGCAAACCGCUUGGGUGCCAACUCUCUGCUUGACCUGGUGGUGUUUGGCCGUGCGUGCGCUCAGCGCAUUACCGAGCUGACCAAGCCUGGUGAGAAGAAGCGCUCGAUGCCCAAGGAUGGUGGUCUGAAGGCUAUUGAGGACGUGGACCGAUUACGAUACGCUGACGGUGGCAUCCCCACGGCCGAGUUGCGUCUGGAAAUGCAGAAGAUGAUGCAGGCGGAUGCUGCUGUGUACCGCACGCAGGAGUCGUUGGCGGCUGGCAAGGAAAAGAUCGACGAAGUGGUGCCCAAGUUCGGCGACAUCAAGGUGACCGACCGCUCGCUCAUCUGGAACACAGACCUGAUGGAGACGCUGGAGUUGCGUAAUCUGCUGGCGUGUGCAGCGUGUACUAUGCAUGGCGCUGAAGCUCGUAAGGAGUCUCGUGGCGCCCAUGCUCGAGAGGACUUUACGGAACGUGACGAUGACAGCUGGAUGAAGCAUACGAUUGCUUACCACAACGAAGAGGGCAAGACGCACGUUGCUUACCGUGCGGUGCAAGACCAGACGCUGGAUGAGAACGAGUGCAAGCAUGUCCCGCCUUUUGCGCGCGUUUACUAG